AUGGCCGAUGCGGUGUGUUCUGAUCCAUUGAGAGGAGAGAGAUGGCGAGACAUUCGUCGUCUGACGGACAGGCCCGUCGGCUUACGCAGUACCAUGGCGUUGUCUGGUUUUCAAAAUCUGGAUGUUAUUGAUAUGGAUACCAUAGAUAUCAGCAACCUUAACAGGCAAUUUCUUUUCAGCCACAACUGUAGAAUCGAAGAUAAGCCACCGUCCUUCUAUCGUCAGUUUUCUCUAGUCAUUUGUGGGCUCGACUCCAUUGCGGCACGGCGAUGGAUCAACGGCAUGCUUGUAAGGCAUUGA